CGUUAGCUUGGUCAUAACGUCAGUUUUGACGUAGGCGGAGUCAGCUGUCUGUAAUGUCGCUUUUAGACACCAAAACAUCGAGCGUUAGAGGUUCGUUUGGAAUAUAAAGCCUGUCGGUGAUCGAAGCGAACCUCCAGGGACCAGCAGGACCAGACCGUUUGACCCACAACCCGGCGUAAGGCUGCUGCCACCGCGGGGAAAAUGUCUGCGAGUUCCGGGAGCAGAAACACGAACACGGAACCGUGGGGAAGCUUCGACGACAACAUCAUCCAGGGUGGCGGCUCAGCCGUCAUCGACAUGGAGAACAUGGAUGACACGUCAGGCUCCAGCUUUGAGGAUGUUGGAGAGAUGCACCAGAGGAUGAAGGAGGAGGAGGAGGUGACCGCCGAGGCAGCAGCCACAGAAGACGAGGUCGGCGAUGAUGGAGAGUUUCUGGGGAUGAAGGGCAUAAAAGGUCAACUGGGUCGACAGGUGGCAGACGAGGUUUGGCAGGCGGGGAAACGGCAGGCCUCCAAAGCCUUCAACCUAUAUGCCAACAUCGACAUCCUGAGGCCGUACUUCGACGUAGAGCCGGUCCAGGUUCGCAGCAGGUUGAUCGAGUCCCUGAUACCUGUCCGCAUGAUUAACUUUCCUCAGAAGAUUGCAGGGGAGUUGUACGGACCUCUGAUGCUCGUCUUCACUCUGGUGGCGAUCCUGCUGCACGGCAUGAAGACGUCAGGAACAGUCAUUAGGGAGGGCACUCUGAUGGGCACCGCCAUCGGAACAUGUUUUGGCUACUGGCUCGGUGUUUCCUCCUUCAUCUACUUCCUGGCGUACCUGGUCAACGCUCAGAUCACUAUGCUGCAGAUGCUCUCCCUGCUGGGUUACGGCCUGUUCGGUCAUUGCAUCGUUCUCCUCGUCACUUACAACAUCCACUUCCACUUCCUGUUCUACGGCCUGUGGCUGCUGGUUGGAGGACUGUCCACGCUGCGUAUGGUGGCGGCUCUCCUUUCCCGCACCGUGGGUCAGACGCCUCGGCUGCUGCUCUGCGGAACGCUGACUCUGCUGCACAUGAGCUUCCUGCUGUACCUGCACUUCAGCUACCACCAGAUCCUGGAAGGGCUGCUGGACUCUCUUGAAGGACCCAACAUGGUUCCCAUGCAACGGGUCGCCCGUGAUGUUCCAGAACUGAUCCUUAACAAUACAGCAAAGAGUCCGGGAAUUCUGCUGAGGGCCCGCUGAGGGCCGACCUUCUCUUCAUUCUCUUCAAAUCAAAGGUCCAACUUUGAACCCAGCUGUCAGAACCAUGAGAGCACCAUCACAGAAACAGGACUGUUGUUUGUUUAUACAUUCGUCUGUUUGUACAGUUUUAUUGAUUUGAUGUAUUAAUUAUGUACAGAGACAAUAAACAUCUUAAUCUUCA